AUGGCGAAGUUUAUAAAGUCUUUCUUUCAAACCGCACCCGAUAAGAGAAAGAAUUCGCAAUGUGGAACGGAGAACGAUGGUGACGUAAGCGUCCUAACACCGCAUUUAAGAAGAAAGCUUUCUAUAUCUAGAUCGGGGCGGAUGAAACAAACCAAUAAAAAGAGACACUCCAUCUCUCUUGAGAUAUAUGGCGCGAAUCUCCAAUGUGCUGAAAAACCGAAGACAGUGGAAUACCACGUCAAUACUCCAGUAAAUCAAACCAUUAAAACGCCAGAUCUCAACAACGAAAAUAAAAUACAAAGAAGACACAGUACUGACGUGAGGACACCGGAGGAAGAAAUAGAUAUUGCUUUCAAUAUCAUAGAUAAGUAG